AUGGGAAAGGAAAAGAUCCACAUCAAUAUCCUGGUCAUUGGCCAUGUCGACUCUGGCAAAUCCACCACCGCUGGCCACCUGAUCUACAAAUGUGGAGGAAUCCACAAAAGAACCAUCGAGAAGUUUGAGAAAGAGGCAGCUGAGAUGGGCAAAGGCUCUUUCAAGUACGCCUGGGUGCUGGACAAACUGAAGGCUGAGCAUGAGCGUGGUAUCACCACUGACAUUGCUCUGUGGAAGUUUGAGACCAGCAAGUACUAUGUGACCAUCAUUGAUGCCCCUGGACACAGAGACUUCAUCAAGAACAUGAUCACUGGUACAUCUCAGCUGGUGGCUGACGGGAGGAUAGGAGAGGGCGAAACUUUCUUCCAAGUCAGGAGGGCCAACCAAACCUGGGGGCAGAGCUAA